AUGAUCCCUGCUAGGUUCAAGGAGCAAAAAAAUAGGAGACAGACUUUAGAAGGGAGUAAUAUGCUUAUGAGUAGUUCCAUUCGGGCUGUUCCUAUUUCGAAUCAGUCUCGAUUCAUGUUUUUAACAGAUAAAGAACUCGAUGAACUCUCCUGGUUGAAACCAAUCGCAAGAGGUACAACUCAUUCAUAUAUUGCACCAAAAGAUAUUCAUCCAAAUCAAGCUCUCGCAUUAAAUCGUGUUUCUGAAAAUUUAUUAACAGAAAAGCAGCCCGAUGAUACUGCUCCAUUAACAGUUCAAAAAUUCGAAAAAGAUCUUGAGUUUACUUCAUAUGAAGCUAAAUAUGUCUCUAUCCCAAUUAUUGAUUCGAAAUAUGAACAAAUAAUUGCAAGGAAGAGAUAUAAGUUCUCUGAUAACUAUGAAACGAUCAAGUUAUUGCAUAUAACUAAAUAUGAAAUAGUCGGCAAAACAGGCGUUGGAAGUUCUGCUUUUAUCGAAUUAUUCUCAUAUCUCGAUUUUCCAACAAGCGAAACUGUGAGAAUAGAUUUUUGCCGUGGAACUCCAGAGGCAUGCACAUUUAAAUGCGAUCACAAAGACUUUUAUCUCCCAUACAUUGACGAUCCAAAAUCUAGGAUUGUUGCUGUGCUUUCAUACGUUGAGAAAGCAGAUAGGGAUCCAAUUGAAAAGCCUAUAGCAAUUGGACAUAAGUAUAUUUCAGAAAUUAAGUGUGGACAAUUCAAUCUUGAAUGGGUUGUCUUUAGUCCUGCACUUUCUAUGGAUAUGUACUUCAAGAGUGAUAAGAAGUAUCCAAUGUUCAACUUAGUGUUCAGUUUCGACCUCGAGACAAAACUUCCUGAAGAUAAGAGACCUGUGAGAAUAACUGCAUUCCAGCCGAUGUAUCCCACAACACUACUCACAAUUCAUAACAUAAGGCUUUGUCCAACUCAUGAUAUUGUUCAAAAAGGUCUUCAAUUAUAUGUAAAUUUCAUGAUAAGAACUCACGAAGAAAGUCCAAAAGUUCUGAAUACUGCAGCAAGAGCUAACAUGUUAUCAGAAAUAUCGUCAUUCAAUACUUCAACUUUGAAUCCAAGUGAUAUCAUGAAUUUCCCUUGCAUGUGCAACUUCAAGCUUAAUUCAAGUUACGAACAUUCAAUACCACUCGAAAUAUACGUAGAAGUUCAUGCGGUUGAUCUUGGAAAGACAAAAGUUAUCGCUGAAUGUGUUGUUCCAAUUAGCGAACCCGUUUAUACAGGAACAUUCAAGCUCAAAGGCAGUUCAAUUUUCUCUGGAUCUGCAGGCUCGAUCAGUUUUUCGUAUCAUUUUCCAACAAUUGUUGCACCUCCCAAAAAGCUCAUUUUAUCUCUUAUUUCUCCACCUAAGAAGUCAAUUGCUGAAUCAUGCAGUGGUUCAGGAAUCAGGCCAUCCGGAUCUCUUACAAAGGUAAAUUCUGUAGAUCUCGAGCAAGCCGCAGGCCCAGAUUAUAAGCAUCCAAUGUGGCAAGAUGUUGCAAAGUAUAUGAUUCAAUACUGCUUUGAUCCAAUUGUCAUGCCUCAAGUAGAUUUCACACUUUUGGCAGAAAGACUCGAGAACUGCGACCAAUCAUGGUUAUACAAGUGGAUUGAGCAUGCAUUCACAUGUCCUGAUACAUUCUCUGCUGCAUAUUUGAAGUUAUUAAAAGAUAAAAUCAUGGAUAUUGGAGCCAUUCCGUUACCUUUCUUCUUAAUUGCUCUCAAAGGAAUGAUAUCGAAUCGUCAAUUCUUUCCAGAUGAGAUUGAAGAGCUUCUCAUUGCAACAGCACAUUCCCAAGUUCCAUUGAACAUCAAAAAAGCUGCCGGUGAGUUUAUCAGGCAGCUGAGAAUGGGAUUUGCUCCAGCUGUUGUAAUCAAACUUGCAAGGAAGUUCAUAUUUGCGCUUAAUACAAAAGAAAGGCUCUGUAUUUUCAGGAUAUUGUUCUCUGAUCCACCAUUUAUAAUGGCAAUUUUCACAUUGACGAAACCAUUGCUAGAAAACAUUAAUGUAUCUCCAUACAUUCCAAUUCUUUCUUUGUUUUAUGCCACAGUUCGCGACACAUUCCUUGCGAACAGCUUAAAAGAGAUUGAACCUGCUCUCAAAGCAAUUGGUUUGCUUGGAGUUUCUAUUGAAGCUUACUCAGAUUCGUCAACAUCAAAGACUAUUGCUAUGUACUUCUUCCCUCUUUUCACUUUGAUAUUCACAUUUGCUGAUUCUCUCGCUCCUCAUCUCGGAACAGAUCCUGUAUUAGUUCCUUUCAUUCUCCACAUCUGCAAGAAUGUCAAAUCUGUUCAGUUCAUGAAGUACUUCAACAUUCUGAGCGAUGAUAACAAGCUCAGGUUCUUUGAUUAUUUUGUAAGUCUCUCAGAAGAAACAAUCAUUGAGAAACUUUCUGAAAGAGCUGUUGUUAAUAAUGAUUCUCAACUUAGGAGUCGCUUGGAUUCUGUCAAACUCACCAUUUCUCUUGAAGUUACAUGCAGAAUGUUAGUUUUCCUUCAUUUCAUAGAGAAAAUUAACACAUUGUCAAAUCCACGCCAGAUCUUAUCAAUUUUAAAGAUCAUCAUUCACAUGCUCUCUCCAACACAAGAUUCUGAAGCGUUUCCAAUUGUCUUUACUUCGCUUGCAUUCGUUGUUAACAAGUUUGCGAAGGCCAUUUUCAUAGACAAAACAAAUCAUAUCUUGACGAUUCUUUGUUCUGUUGUUUCCUGCACUCAAAGAAAGGUUGCGAUGGCAAGAAUUACAGCAAUGGCAUUUCUCAAAUGGAUAGUCAAUCUUGAGCUUGUCGUUGACAAAUCAAAGAAGAGGGCAUUGCGUUGUUUCAUUGGUUUCAUUUUCGCUUGCGUGAAAUCACUUUUCGAGAAUCCAGAUUUCGAAUUCAAGGCUACUGAUAUCUCGAAAGAUUUCAGAAUUAUCAACGAAAUGAUUCCUUCCUUGAAAUACGCAUGGAAGGAAUCAUUGAUUUACUUCAAGAACGUUGAAAACUUGAAGCACAACUUCACUUAUGUUGAAAAUGUCCAAGGUGCAAUGUAUUUGGUUGUCAAGCAGAUGGAAAAGAUUAAUGAAGAAAACGGCGACUUUUUAGCUGCAUUCCUUUGCCAAUGGAGAAUUUGUGCAAUGAUUGCAAAUGUUUUCAAACUCAGAGACCAAGUUGUUGAUGGAAUUCCUCUCAGUGGAAGUGAAGAUUUUCCAUUUUUGUAUGACAACUACGAAUCCAAGACUAAUUUCAGUAUUUUGCAGGAUACAGCUUAUCUUCUUUUAGAAGGAGAUAUGUUCACCGAACAAUCUUUCUUCCAAGAGAUGCAAAAGGCGAUGGAACUCUGUCAAAAGGCCAAUCUCAACUGGAUCAUUGGCCAAAUCACUGAACAUCAUUUGAAAUACCUUGAAAAUCACAGAAUGUUUGAUACUUUGGUUGAAGUCUACAUGAAGAUUGCCAAUUCAUAUGGAGCAUUGUAUAAUGAUCUUGAAAAAGGAAACCAACAGAAGCACUUCUUCUACUUGGUCUGUUUCAGAGGACAGAUAAGAACUGAUUUGAAGAGAAAGAAUACAAUCCAGAUACUUCCAAAAGGAGGAGAAAAAGACUUCAAGGAUAUGAUCACAAAGGCUUAUCUUGAUAUCAUUUGGUGCUCUGAAGAUCCAUUGUUCAUUGAAGAUGAAAAGAAAAUCAUUUUCGAGAAGAAUAAAUCGUACAUUCAGAUGAUUCCUGUUGAUGCCGACAAAAUCGACAUGGAAAACUUGAAAGUUUGCAAUUUCACAUUAGAUGUUCUCAAAGAAGAGAAGGACUGGGAUGAUGUCUACGUAAUUAGGCAUCAAUUCAUCACAGGAAAGAAGGGACUUAAAGCGAAUGAAUUCACAAAUACAUACUUGCCAGGAAUGGUCUCCAAUGCUGAAAUUGGUGUUCAUACAACGACCCAGAUCACGAGAAAGCAGUAUUACAUGAUGUAUUUGAAUGAAUACUAUGAAGAGAUUACAUCACAAGUCGAAGAAUUCAGAGCUGUCAUGCCUCCAAAGAAGCUGGAACAUAUGUGGACGAAAUGGUCAUUAUGGCUAAACACAAAGCUCUUGAUGAGAUUGAUUUCCAAGACAUUGGAAGAAAAUCCUUCAUCAGCUCCUUUGGCUUUCGUCAAGAUGUACAAGACGCGAAUUGAUCAUAAAGAAGAUGACAAACUUUUCAACAUGAAAAAGGAGGACAUGGAGAAACUUAUAAAGCUUAUUAACAACGUUUGGGAUUCGUUGUAUAAUGCUACGCAAGUUUUGACUGAUUUGACCAACUUGAACAACAGAGAUAGAGUAGGAUCUGGAAAUGAAACAGCUGACAAGGUUCUUGAAAGUUACAAUAUGAUCCUCACUCCAUCCUAUGCCUACCUCCAAAGCGCACUUUAA